AAACCAGCGACGCUACGGCAUAUCGAUUGCUUACGUUCACGUGCCGCCGAGCGAAGCCAUCUAUACAGUCCUCUUCCCCCUCCCGACAGCCAAGUCCUUGUUGGCCUUUCUUACGGGCCUUUUAUCGGCCUUUUUUCGGGUCAAAUUUGGUCAAAAACGAGGCCCCGAGACGUCGAAAAGUCUGGGUCAAGACGAUCGGCCUGAAAGGGAGUCUGUGGCAACCCCCAGGGAGUUAGUAUGGGAGCGUUCACUGCAUACAGAGUGGCUAAGAGAACGCCCUGUCCUUCACUGGCGCCGGAACGUUCUACGUCGGUCUCCUUUCGAGGUUUAGCUGAAUGAACGCCUUAUUUCGUUCAUUUCAUUAGCACAGCAUCGAGUACUUGACGCUAGAACGAUUCAAGAAGGACUGGGAAGUGUGAUCGUGGAAUGGUACUAACGAACCGCGACAUAAAGAACAGUGCAGUGAUUGUGUUGCCGUUCCGUACGUAGUGUUGGUGUUGUUGGUGUUGGUGCUAGUGUUGGCGUUGGUGAUCAGCGGAGCUUUUCUGGGUCAUCGCCGUAUAUGGUCAAGGCGCAUCUGCAUUAUUAAUGCGAAGCGCGGAAGGAAGAGAGAGAAGUUUGAAAUAACGGGCAUAAUAUGAUAUAAAAUAAUACUUGGCAACUGUUCUGCCUCAUGACGCAAUAUGGAGCUGAGAAGAUGACAGCGGCGAAAUUCGAAGACAUCCUGACACGCCUUGAAGUAGGACCAUGGCAUUGGUUUCUGUUUCUCCUCUGUUCAUUAUGGGGCAUAUUCGGUUCCAUGCAGACACUGGCCACUGCCUUCCUAAAUCCAGCAGUGGACCAUUGGUGCCACAUUCCAGAAUUGGUCGAAGCCAACUGGACGAAAGAGCAGAUCUGGAAUGUUUCCAUGCCAAGAGCAAAGAUCGGCGGAGUGAUACAACAUUCCCAGUGCGAGAUGUUUCACUUCGGGGGAGGCCUGCCCCCUGACGCCGGGGGGGACUUCGAAGACGACGCCCUGAUGCCCAGAAGCGAAGAGUGGCCCGUCCAACCCUGCUCGUCCUGGGACUACGCCCACCAGACGUCGAGGUCAACUAUCACUUCGGAGUGGGACCUAGUGUGCAACAGAGAGAGUCUCCGAUCACUCAUCCAGAGCAUCUUCAUGCUUGGCGUGUUUUUCGGGUCGCCUCUGGGCGGCUACUUUGCGGACAGAUUCGGUCGCAAACGCCUGAUGACUGGGUCACUAUGGGUCUUCAUAGUGGUGUCCAUCGUGGCCUCCUUCUCCCCCUACUACCAGCUGUUCCUCCUGUGCCGUUUCCUGAUGGCCUUCAACGGGAACAUCGUCUACCAGACGUCCUACAUCCUGGCCGUGGAGGCUUGUACGACGAAGCAGAGGAGCAUCGUGGGCAUCUUGUUCUCCGUGCCCUUCGCCAUCGGGUACAUGCUGCUUCCAGCUGUGGCAUACUACGUCCGCGAGUGGCGCCAUCUGCACUUGGCAAUCUCUUUACCUGUGAUACUGCUCAUUGCUAACACCAUAUUACUGCCGGAGUCUCCUCGCUGGUUGAUCCAGACGGGGAAGUGGAGCGAGGCCGAGAGGGAACUCCAAAGGGCCGCCCGCUGGAACAGCCGAAAGUCCUUCGACACCACUUGGCUCCUGUCGACCAUCAGGGAGAUGAAGGAGGAGGCUGACGACAAGAAGGCCUCCCAGGGAGACCAAGAAGAAGAAGAAUUGGAGGAUUCUGGAGGUCAUGGGUCAAGGGUCAGGUCACCGACGUCCACUUCGUCCUCGAAGACGUCGGCGAGUCCUACGAAGGACUUCCUCAGGAGGAUAUUCGUCUUCGUCAGGACCCCAGUCCUAAGGAGAGUCUCUCUCAUUAUGUCAUUCAAUUGGAUCACUUGUACGAUGGUUUAUUACGGCCUCUCUCUCAAUUUUGGCAAUUUCAGCGCCGACCCAUACCUAUACAUGUUCCUCGGGGGCCUGAUGGAGCUACCGUCCUACACACUCAUCAUUCCCGUCGUCAUGAGGAUAGGCAGGAAGAUUCCUCUCAUAGUCUUCCUAGCCUCCUGCGGCGUCGCCGUCCUGGUGCUCCUAGUCCUCCCUGGAGAGCGCAACACGUGGUUCUUCCUGACGGUGGUCAUGGUGGGCAAGUUCCUCAUCACAUCGGCCUACCAGGUCAUCUACCUCUAUUGCAGCGAGCUCUACCCAACGACUCUUCGGACCAGAGGUCUCGGGCUGACGUCGAUGAUGGGUCGACUGGGAGCCAUCGUCUCGCCUUUCAUUAACGAUAAGCUGGGCGGCUACCACUGGGCCAUCCCCAGCACCAUUUUUGGGGUCCUGAGUAUGAUAGCGGGGACCCUCACCUGUCUACUUCCGGAAACCAAUAACGUCGACCUGCCCAGAGACGGUGGCCGACGUCGAGAACUGGAAGUACAGAAGAGACAGGAAAGAGAAACAGGACGAAGAAGUAAGCCGCUUCCGCCAUUUGUCUCCAGAUAA